AUGCCAGACGAUCGCUCGAAGAGGGAUUUUCUCAUCGCCACCACUUUGGCCGCAAUGAAUACCUCCGACUACGUGUAUGUGAUGUUGGAUUUGAAAGGUUUUGGACUAGGUCAACUGGCGCAAGGACCACCGGGAACGCAAACUUUAUCGAAUGGCUUGACGCCAAUUUGGAUCGAUACACUAAACAAUAAUCAAGAUGGAAUGAAUAUCGUCGCACAGAGAGCGGCCACGAGAUUCUUUGUGAUCGGUUCAUUCGCUCCUCAACUCUACGAUGCUUUCAUGUACUUUGCAUAUUGUUUGAAUGCUUCUUUGGAAAUUGAUCCAAUAAAUGGUGGAAGGAAUGAGACUGUGUUCAACACGGUGCGCACGACUGUUUCAUUUGCGGGGUGGUCCGGGAUGAUUCAAAUGACACCAAACAUCACUCGAGUCCCCCGUUUCUAUCUCUAUGGAAUGAUGGCCGAUGGACAGUCGACGACGAAAUUUAUGAACUUUACCUGGACCGGGAAUGUGGAUUAUAUGGUGGCCACUCCGCUGUAUCUCGACGAAGCUUCUUCAAUUUGGGCCUUACGAGGCGGUGUCCGACCAUUGUCAACGCCAGUUUGCGGCUUUCUCGGCACCGAGUGUCCAUUGUCAACGUGGGAACAAAGUGGAAUGUACAUUUGUAUAGGAGUUGGUCUUGUUCUCUUUGUUCUCAUUUUGCUCGCUUUUCUUGGAUGCUAUGUUUGCAGAGAAAAACGAAAAGAAUUGGAGAGAAGAGAUGCUGAAUGGACUGUGCCGUAUCUGUCGUUGGAGAGACCAAAUGGAAGGUCAAGUGAACCGGUGAUGGCGUACAAGUACAAAAUGUUACCAAAGUUGACGAAUGAGGAUUUCGCCGAGUUCAGAUUACUCCGAAAACUGGAACACGAUAACGCGCACCGAUUCAUUGGAAUUUGCCACGAUCACUCGCCGAUGAUGUCCCUUUGGAAAUUCGCCAGUGUUCAUGGGAAUUUAAGUUCCUCAACAUGUUGGAUCGAUGAAAGAUGGCAGUUGAAAGUUAGCGAGAUCGUCACUCGGAAAGGCGUUUACGAUUUGGUGAAUCGAAACGAGAAGAUUGAAGAGCUUUUAUAUAUGAUAAAGAAAGGUGGAUCGGUGCCGUUGAGACCCGAUUUGGACAUACCAGAGGACAUCGAACUGAAUCCAGCAUUGCUUCACAUGAUUCGCGAUUGUUGGUCGGAAACACCGGACAGUCGCCCUACAAUCACCACCAUCAAGACAAUCAUCCAAUCGAUGGCUGACAAAAACGGAAAUCAACAGAAUUUAAUGGAUCAUGUCUUUCAAAUGAUGGAAUCCUAUGCGGAGACAUUGGAGAAAGAGGUACAAUCGAGAAUGGCUGAGCUUGUCGAGGAGAAGAAAAAGAGUGAUCUGUUGCUGUAUCGAAUGUUGCCAAAACCAGUAGCUGAUCGUUUAAAACUCGGGCAAUCAGUGGAGCCUGAAUCUUUCGAAAGUGUCACGAUUUUCUUCUCCGAUGUCGUUCAAUUCACGAAUUUGGCUGCAAAAUGCACUCCGUUUCAGAUCGUGAACCUCCUCAACGAUCUCUACACCACAUUUGAUACAAUCAUUGAGCAGCAUUCGGUUUACAAGGUGGAAACAAUUGGUGAUGGUUAUCUUUGUGUAUCUGGUCUUCCCUAUCGUAAUGGAAUCCAACACGUGAAAGAAAUCGCUGAAAUGUCGUUGGACUUCUUAGGAGCUGUUAAGACUUUCUGCAUUCCUCACCUUCCUUCCGAGUCGAUUCAACUUCGAAUUGGAAUGCAUUCUGGCUCCUGUGUAUCCGGGGUCGUUGGAUUGGCAAUGCCAAGAUAUUGCUUGUUUGGUGACACGGUGAAUACAGCGUCCAGGAUGGAAAGCAAUGGGAAACCUGGUCAAAUUCACAUGUCUUGUGAUGCUCAAAAUUUGUUGCAACGAGUUGGCGGCUAUUUGAUUGAAUCGAGGGGUGAAGUGAUUAUUAAAGGAAAAGGAGUGAUGGAAACAUUCUGGUUGUUGGGUCGAUCUUCAUUCAAUUUUCAAAUCAAAUCAAAUACAAAUCAAUCAAAUCCAUUGAAGGAACAAAAGCACUCGGAAAAGAAGAAAACUUUCCGAGAAAUGGAAACAAGAAGAGCCUCGGUUGAUGAAUCGCUUGAGUCGCUGGAAUAU